GUGUAGCAAACUGAUUUUCAGAAAACGCUUUAACCCGGGUUAAUUCCUAAACUGGCAGUUUGAACAAGUGCAGUGGAAAUAAAAAGGCUCAACAUGAAAAGGAAAAAACUAAAAGGUCUGUAACCAGGGGUGAGCCUGCCAAGAGGUUAGAAAGUGGUGCGUACCUAAAAACUUAUCUUGCAACCGUUAAUCAAUGCAAUAGUUAACCAAAGCGCAAACGAUAUUGAAUAGCUCGAUUGAUAAGGAUACGCUAGUAUACAACACAGUAAAUAGAACAAACGUAUUCAAGAGGUGAUUGCGCCGUACAGAAAGUGAAAUGAUAAUUAUCAAAUCAGCAUUAUUAUUUACAAAUUUCCUGUUACGGAUGUUGUUCUUAUUUUGAUAAAAUGAACAAGAAGGAUACUAGAAGAAACAGGUACUGUCUUGUGCUUGAGGAUUAUGGAUAUACACAGAAUAUCAGAAAAAGAUAUAAAGAUCAUGCUUUGUUCUUCGAAGCUAGAAAGCAAAUAAUGCAAGGAACCUUUAGUGUACUACACAAUUAUAAAUUUGGAAGUUUUAUUGAGGCAACAAUGCUCCCAGGACAAAAAUCCGAUAUGGAUAUGGUAACUUUGUUAACAUCGUUCAUUGCAUUUGAAAAUCGAAUCCAUUAUGACAGGUCAGAUAGUUAUGUAAAAUGUAGUCUAAAAAUGAUCGUAGAUCCCUGGACAGCACCUGGACACGUCAAGUUAGUGCCUUUUGAUAAUUUAGAUAUCAUCGAUGCUUUCCUAUAUCUAUGUACCAAAUAUGAUAUUUAUGGUCGGAGAGUGUUAUGUUACAAGCGAAACAUAUUCUAUACCGGACACUUGAAUUCAUUUAGGAACUAUGAUACUGGUCCGCACAGAGUUGAAAGGUCUGGACCCGCUAUGACGCUAAUUCCUCAGACAGGUAGACAUUUAGAUUUUAUUCAUGCUCUUAUGUGUGGAGACUGGCCGUCAUGUGCAAACGCUUGGCUUCAGAGACUGAAAACAUUGUUGUGGUUGGGUCGGGAGGAAAUGCAAACAUUGGCGAGACUUCCAUGCUUCCUAGUACCGACAGGUUACCAUGAAAGCAACCUCGAAUGGCGAAUUUCUUUUUCGCUACAAGAGCGUGAGCUCUUUUGGAAACUGACUGAUUUACAGUAUAAGUGCUUUAUUAUGAUGAAAUACAUUAAAGAGGCAUCUUUUGGGAAAGAACAUUUUCAGUCUGAAAAUUCUUUAACGUCUUACCAUUGUAAGACUGCUCUUUUUUAUACAAUCGAAAAUAACUCUGGUAUAUGGAAACAAGGGGAUUUAAUAGAUGUUACAACUUUAUGUUUUAGACUUCUUUUAAAAUGGACUGACAUUCGAUAUUGCCCGAGUUACUUUGUACCAACACUGAAUUUAUUCUGGAAAUUAAACGACAAUGAUUUUGAAAACAUGAAAAGGUUAUUACAAGCCUUUCUAGCAGAACCAGUUGUGCAUUUCAGUAAAGGAAUCGUAUUGAUGCACUACAUGCAUAAUUCAGAACUGACACUUGAUCCAAAAUUAAAGGAACUGUACGACGUUUAUGAAACUCCAAUCAGUAGCAUCAAAUUCAUAGAAAGUUUAGAUCACACACACAGGGAACUUGGGGAUAUGUUGGGAAAUGUUAUGGAGUACGUUUCACAUUUGUCUUUACUGGAAACAAUAAACCACCUUGCAAGUAUACUGAAUAUGAAGCAGCGAAACGAUGCAAAUUUGUUGACAAGUUUAGCUUUCCCAUUCAUUCACACAACACUGGCCUGUCAUUUUGUUAUUCUUGCAUUAGAAUCGGACCACUAUAGCAGAGACUUUUACAUAAUGAUUUCUGCAUUUCAUUUUUGGAAAGGACUUAAAUCAGAUACAAUGUCUAGUAAACUGAAGCUGGUAACAGUUCUCCUCUACACUGGAUACAAAGAAAGUGCCGUGGCUUUGUUGAAGGUAAUUUCUAUAGUAAAUACAAGUUGUCUCUUCUUUGGAUGCUCAUGCUUUUAUUCGUCUCAAUACGAUCAUGGAAGAUCCUUACACUUCUACAAUGUUGUAUGCAAACGUGCUAGAAAUGAUCUAGAAUGUCUAUGGACAGAUGAACUGAUUCACAGCCAUUUAUGCCACUGUGUAAUGUUCCUACCCACAGAAAUUGAUAUCACCCCAUACCCUUUACGGUUUGAGAUGUUUAGAUCAUACGCAGUACCAGACGAUGCUAGAAAUCCAAGUAAGCUUGACUAUUGGUGGUUUCAGUGUGCCGUUAUCGAUCCAGAAACAUACAUGCAUUUUCUUUGGCAUUUAAUUGAUGUCUCGUGGAUAGAGAAAGGACAAGUGUUCGAUGAAUUACUUGAAACUACUACAAUACAUACAUGGGCUCAUUACCACUGGGAAACCAAGGUGAACGUUGCAGGAUGGCUUACAGAAAGAAGCGGGCAAAAUGUGAAAGCACUGGAAAUGUACUUAUCAUCGUGGCGCCUUUUAAAGAUAAGACAAUUGCAAUAUCAAGUACUUCCAGAUAAUAAACUACUCUUUCAUACUAACAAUGCUGCCAAAUGGCAUUUAGUUUUAUUGUUGUAUCGAAUCUGGUGUGAGCGUCAAUUCGAGAUAUUUGGGAGAUACUGCUUGUGAAGUCAUAGUGGAAAAAAGACAUAGAAUGCAGCAUGCAGCUGAUAUUUUUGUCGUUAUGAUUUUAUUAGAUAGGAAUGUGAAACGGUUUAACGAUAUUUUAAUUUGGGAAUGGACAUAGUUACAGUUUAUAUUGGCUAACAAGUUUAGAUCACUGACACUUGCAACCGAGUUAAGUUAGCGGCAUCGGUGAUUUAAGAUUCAAAACCAUGUCGAAUGUAUGGACAAUUUAUAGGAUUUCUGUUUCCAUUUAUCCACAACAUCUCAAUCUAAUAACAAAAAUAAGAAUAAGGCUAUCCUUUCAUUUUUCUUCUUUAUUCGUUUGUAUAACAUGUCAUUAUAUACAUUUGAACUUAUAAGCUCUCAUACUCAUUUCUUACAAUGCAUGUUUCCAUAUGUAAAUAUAUAUUUCAUAUUAUAUGUUACUGUUUUUCUUAUUUUGUAAGAGCUGUCACUUAUUAUAAUAAAAUUGUAAAUAGUC